AUGGUGAUGCUCUUCUGUGCGAUUGUUGGUGUGGCGGGAAGUGCUUUCUCCGUGCGAGUGGACGAGAGCGACUCAGUGGAUGACCUAAAAGAGAAGAUCAAGGGGGAGAAGCCGAACGACUUCAAAGAAGUCGAUGCAGACAAGCUGCAGCUCUUCCUGGCGAAGACGGAGAAAGGCGCCGGGGCGUGGCUGACGGAGAAAGACGUGAUGGAAGGUGUUAGCGACACGAGUGAUUUGAAGCUGCUGGGAGCGGCGCGAGUGAGGCUACGGCGUGUGGGGUUGUCGGAUAGGGAAGUUGGCGGAGUGGAUGAAGCAGAACCAGCAGAAGGGAGAGGCCCUGUGAACGUGCUGGUGGUGGUACAAAGUCAUGUUCGCGUUGACAUUGGCGAAACCGGUUUUAGAGCGCUGAAAUAUAACGUACGUAUUCUCACCCUAUUGGGAUAUGCUGUUGCUAAUUUCUCUUCAGAGCGGGGUAUAGACGAUGGAUCAUCAACGUACAAUGCUUCGUACCUGUCAUUUUGGCGAUCAUUACAAUCAUUGUUUUGGCCUUUGGAGAAAACCCAACAGACGAAAAAGGAUAUAUAA